AUGAAAAUUGUUCUUCCACAUCUCGCUAUUGCGCUCUUGAGCAUUGUAGCACCAGCACUUGCUGUGAUAUUUGAUUGUUCUGGGGUCAUCAUUAACGGUGAUGUCGUGAGGAGAGUACAGGCUACUGGUAACCGUGCUAGUAUUUCAAAAUCAAGCUCUAUUCAUGGAGAUUCAACCAGAACAUACGAAUACUUCGAUAUCCAUCCCAAUGGUCAAUAUUCCAGAGACUAUACAGGUUUUGCCUGCUUUUCGGACAUAUCCUUGCCCAAACCCGAUGUGCGGGAACAUCGUGAAGAUGCUUGGUGGCCGUGUAGUUCAUCUGUAAUUUGA